AUGGCUCGGGGCGGCGCCUUCGUGGCCGCCGCCAUCGCCAUCGCAGAGCCAGCCAACGCGCAGGCGCUGCCCUCGCGCCCUCGGCACGGCGGCUCGACGCCGCCCCUGCUGGGCCUCGGGCACGCAGCGCCAGCCAACGCGCAGGCGCUGCCCUCGCGCCCUCGGCACGGCGGCUCGACGCCCCUCCGCCGGGCCUCGGGCACGCGAACGCAGCCUCGCGGCCGCGGCGGCGGCAGCCAAGCUGCUCGCCUCGACAUGGCUCGGGCCGGCGCCAUCGUGGCCGCCGCCAUCGCCAUCGUCCCGUUUUCCACCUACCGUCUCACGAUUCGCUCGCCGACACGCUGCUCGCGCGUCGUCGUGUGUGGCGUCGAGCGGGCGCCCUAG